AUGGAUUUCAUGAUCAGAUCCCGGGAGUGUGAGCAGGAUCCAACUCCAGCCUCCUCGUGUGAGCUCAUGAAACCAGAUGCAGAUGUGUCGUUUCUUGAUAUUUGUGGCCUUGCGACACGGCUUCAGACAGAUUUGACUUUCUGUUUCCCGGUGAAUUGUGUUGAAAUAGACACAGACUGUUUUACUCAAGACUUUAAUAGAGGAACUCCUCUGAAAGAGGGGGUGGGGGUGGGUGGCAGCGAGGCAGGCGUGUGGUUUCUCAGCUACCAAACGGACAGAGAGCUGCGGACUUCCUGCUCGCUGCUGCCUGAGCUCACUUCAGAGGCUCUUCUCACCGACACCAGAGCGACAGCAGCUCCGACCCUCCGUCUCAUCUGCAGCACCCCCCCCGCCGGAAUCAUUGACGACAUGAACGUAUGUUAUAUCUUGGAUGGGAUCCUCAUCCUCUACGGCCUCAUCCUGACCGUCUUGUACUGCCGACUGAGGAUGGUUCCAGACAACAAUCACCCUGAGAAGCAGCCGGUUAAGGGAGGCAUCUACGAGGGUUUGCGCGCUCCCAGUGCCGACACAUAUGAGACCAUCGGGAAGAAGGCGAUUGUCUGAUCAACAGAGCGACGUUGUGAAGAUGAUGCUGAGCACAAACACACACAUGUAUUGUAUAUUUAGUCAUUCCGACCUGCAGCGGGCUUGUGCUUCUUCUGUCUUAAUAUAUAGAUAUAUAUAUUUUUGUCUUUCUAUUUUAUUGUUAAUAACAUUUCCCAUCUUUCUGUCAUUCAUCCAUGAAAUGCUAAAGCUAUUAAUAUAAGUCGUGUGGAAGAGUUUCACUGUGUUACUAAGAAAACAGAAGUUUAUCUUUUGUGUCUGAUCAUUUGACUCUUUUUACUUCUGAUUAUUUAGAAAAUGGGGAAAUAUCUUAACCUCACAAAUUCAGAUCUAUUUUUACUAACAAUUAAUCAGCGAAUUAUUUUUUUCAAUUAAUUUGAGAAAAUGUCUGAAAUGAAGGAAGAGUUACAAUUUCCUUACGUCCAGGUCUUAAAAUGUUUUCCUCGUUCCAGAAUCUAAAGGAAAGAAAAGACUGAGGGAAUUUGAAAUGAAUAAAUUAGAACUAGAAUGUUUCAAUCAUUAAAUAUUUUGCUGAUUGACUAAAAUCUACCUACAAAUGAAUCUGAUUAGUUCAAAUCCAGUUUUAUAGGCUUCGCAUGAUCAACACUUAGCAAAACCUGGAAUAUUUUUUUUUUUGACUCGACAAGCUUCAAUUGUGUGUAAAAUUCUGAUUUGAAACAUUAAGCUGCUUUUCAUAUUAAAUAGUUUGAAAGUUG